AUCGAAACUCGAACCCUCCCAUCCCAGCCCCUCAAACCAGGCCAGGGUCAGCGUCAGGGUCAGGCGACCUCAAUUAUCCAUCACUUGUUCUCUUCGAUAUCCGACAAAACCAGCUCCCAUUACCACCCACUCCCCAUCCCAUUCUCAAUUCAAUCUCAACCAAAACAGACCAGGCUUCAGCUUUUCCCAAUGAAACGUUGUGCCUCGGAUUCUCAGGUACCCUUACCCAACCCCAAAAUGAAGAAAAUUAAACAAGAGCCCGAUGAACAGGAAACUGGGUUCAUGAAUUUAGAUGAAAAUCUGCUGUACGAGGUCUUGAAACACGUCGACGCCAGGACUUUAGCAAUGGCUUCCUGCGUUAGCAAGCAGUGGCAAAAAACUGCCAAGGACGAGCGGCUUUGGGAGCUGAUCUGCACCAGGCACUGGGCUAACAUCGGCUGUGGAACUCAACAACUUAGAUCUGUGGUUUUGCCUCUGGGCGGCUUCCGUCGGCUUCACUCGCUUUACCUUUGGCCGCUUUCAAAGCCCCAAUCUGCUUCCGCUUCGUCUUGGGCCCCUCCGUUUCCCAAAUUUUUCAACUCCAAGCCUCCCCCUCGGUGGGGGAAAGACGAGGUUCAUCUUUGUCUCUCUCUUCUCUCCAUUCAGUAUUACGAGAAGAUGAAUUUCACUAACAGAGGCAGAUAAUUCUAAUCACUAACCGACCAUAUAUAUAUAUUUCACUUGAUUUCUAGUUCUGGGUUUUGCUUUGUUUUGGGUUCUUGUAUCGUUUACUUAUAUUUGGCUUGUGAUUCUGUUUUAUUUCUUUAAUUUCAGAAAUUUAUACCUAAGAUGGUGUACUAUGAACUAGAUCUUCAAUUAUGUACGAAUAUUAACUUUGAAAUGAACCUAUUGUUCCUU